AUGCGGAGGCCGAGCGUGCGCGCUGCUGGGCUGGUCCUGUGCACCUUCUGCUAUCUGCUGGUGGGCGCCGCUGUCUUCGACGCGCUCGAGUCCGAGGCGGAGAGUGGCCGCCAGCGACUGCUGGUCCAGAAGCGGGGCGCGCUCCGAAGGAAGUUCGGCUUCUCGGCCGAGGACUACAGCGAGCUGGAGCGCCUGGAGCGCCAGGCUGAGCCCCACCGCGCCGGCUGCUAGUGGAAGUUCGCCGGCUCCUUCUACUUCGCCAUCACCGUCAUCACUACCAUCGGGUACGGCCACGCCGCGCCGGGUACGGACUCUGGCAAGGUCUUUAAGUUCUACGUGCUCCUGGGCAUCCCGCUGACGCUGGUCACUUUCCAGAGCCUGGGCGAACGGCUGAACGCGCUGAUGCGGCGCCUCCUGUUGGCUGCCAAGCGCUGCCUGGGCCUGCGGCGGCCACGCGUGUCCACGGAGAACCUGGUGGUGUCCGGGCUGCUGGCGUGCGCCGCCACCCUGGCCCUCGGGGCCGUUGCCUUCGCGCACUUCGAGGGCUGGACCUUCUUCCACGCCUACUACUACUGCUUCAUCACCCUCACCACUAUCGGCUUCGGCGACUUCGCGGCGCUGCACAGCGGCUAGGUGCUGCAGAGGAAGACCCCCUACGUGGCCUACAGCUUCCUCUACAUCCUCCUGGGGCUUACGGUUAUUAGCGCCUUCCUCAACCUCGUAGUCCUGCCCGAGCGCGCUGCCCGCCGCCCCAGUCCGUGCCGCCCGGGGGCGCCCGAGAGCCGCGGCCCCUGGCUGCCCCGCCGCCCUGCCCGCUCCGGGGGCUCCGCCUCCGUCUCCAUCUCCUGCCACGUACACCAGCUGGAGAGACGCGCCCGCGACAACCUGGGCUUCUCCCCCCCCUCGAGCCCAGGGGUCGUGAGUGGUGGGCAGGCACCCAGGCUCGGGGCCCGGCGGAAGUCCAUCUGACAACCCCACCCAGGCCAGGGUCGAAUCUGGAACGGGAGGGUCUGGCUUCAGCUAUCAGGGCACCCUCCCCAGGGAUUGGAGACGGGUGAGGGGCCUCUAGGCCGUCUUCUGCCACGAGCAGUUUCUCAUUACCGUCUGUGGCUAAGUCCCCUCCCUCCUCUCCAAAAAUAUGUUACAGUCACAUCAUAAGCACAAAGCAGGCUCUAGGGUCAUCCUGUAGGAGCAAAUUCCUUGUAGUCCAAAUUGUAUGAGGGCAUGGCCACAUCAGCACCCAGGAGAGGCUCUGCACAGGUCCACGUCACAGCCGACCCUCCAGAGCGACUCUUCUGUUGUGAAGAGGCUGGUUUUCUGAGUAACGGUUGAAACGUGCAACUUUCAACACUGGAAUCUUCGCUGGAAUUAGUGAGGUCAGACGCUCACAUUACAAGAAGCAUGGGGAACAAAGGUGGACCAAAUGGGACCGUGUACAGUCCAGCGUGGACAAGUGGGUCAAUCUCUGCGCUAAACGAUCUCAUUCUCUGCGCAGUGUGUAGAGUGGAGUCAGCCCACGUGUGAACGGCGGCCUCUCUCCCCCAGACGGCUGAUGCUCUGUCCCUGGCCAGCCCCCAUUCAAGAUGAGGGAGGCCUUGCUGUCACCCACCCGCCACGUACUGGGACCACUUGGACGCAGCAGAAUGCCCAUGGGACGAGCUGUCUUCCGGGUCCCAUCAAUCACCAGCAAUGUGACCUUGGAGAAUCUCAUCCUCUCCCAGGGCCUCAGUUUCCACAUCUGUAAAAUGACUGGGUUCAUCCAGAGCCCUGCUCCCUCUUAUGCAUCUCUGGUGGGACUUUCUGGAACAGGCCCCUUCACCAUAAGGGGGCAGAGACAAAGCCCGAGGUGUGGCAUCCUGGCACCCCGUGGCACUCAAAGCCUCCAAACACCCACUUUCCUUGUCUUCCCAGAUAGGGCUGUCUCAACACAAAGCAUCAACGA